CUCUCCUCUCGAAUCUCCCUCUCUCUCUCUCUCUCUCUCUCUCUUUCUCUCUCUUUCUCUUUGGCUGGUUGCCAUAGCUCGCAAUUCUAUCUGCACGUCACACAAGCUUCGAACUUGUCAACUCCCCAUUUUGCAUUUCUGGAGGAUCUCGAAACCCUUUUUUUUGUUUUCGGAGUUCUCCUAUCCCACGCCGGAAAAUUGAAACCCUAGAGUUUUCUCUUUUUGUUUUUGUUUGUCGAAAGUUGCAAAGAUUACUAUGAUUUGCGUAACGUUUUUGUCCAUUGAAGAUGACUAAAGAUAGCUCGGAACCUGGCGGCAGUGCCGGCUUUCACGCGGUUCACGCGUUGCGUGACCUAGAAUCCAAUUGGGAAGUUGACCUCGCCAAGAAGCUUGAGGAGUAUCUGCUGAAAAUUUGCUCCGGCGAGAUCACCGGCGAAGAAGAAGGCCAUAUUCCUGUAAAUUUUGCCGAAGCUGCUCUGCUGCUUCAGGGUUCCAUACAGGUAUAUAGUCGAAAGGUGGAAUAUCUCUACAACUUGGUAGUGCGUGCUUUAGAGUUCCUUUCUCAGCAGAAAAGUCAGCAAGAUCAUAUAGAUGGAGCAUCAGUCCCACCUGAAGAAAGUGGUCCUUGUGCUGUUGCUGAUGAAGAAAAUGAUCAAUUCUGGGGCUUAGAUGACAUCCCAGGUUUGUUCUAUACUGGGGUGGGGCAUAUUAUUUACAAAUCUUCUUUAAUUGCUGAAGAAAAGAAUUCCUUGGAUGUUACAACAGGCAAAGAGGUGAACUUGGAUCACUUUAUAAAACCCCCUGCAAAUCUAGUUGUUCUUGAAGGUGACUGCUUGGAUGCCGCCGGUGAUGGAGGGGAAUUGGAGUCUUAUCUGUUGUCCACCACAGACUUGUACCAGGAUUUUAUUUUAUUGGACACAUCUGAUGCUGCUGCAGUUAAUGAGUUUCUGAAGGGCAGGAAAGCUGGUGCAACACAAAAUGGUGCCAAUAGGGGAACCUCAACACGUAAAAGCUAUCUUUCUCCCACUAGAUGCUCUGGUGGAAGUGCUCGUAAAUCAUCAGCUGCAAAGAGUCAGCGUGCUAAAUCCAACUGCUCUCCUAAACUUAAUUGUAGUUUUGAUGAGAAAAAUGUUCGGCCCAGUUCUCCUGCUGGUCUUGAUAACUGCAACUUUGGAUUUAAUAUGGAUGAUGGAUGUGAUACAUCUAGGGAUUCAGACAAUUCGGAUGCUGAUUAUGAUGAUCCAUGGAGACCUUUGAAUCCUCAUGAACCUGGCAACUUGAGGGUGAAACCAUUUAGAAAAGUGAAAGCUCUGAAAAAGAAUGUCACCAAUGUGACCCAACGAGUAUCUAUGAGCACCUUGUUUCCACUUGCGAAACUGCAUGGUCCUGUCAGUCCAGAGCUCAUGGAAAUGUGGGAGAUGCGACAUCAUGCCCAUGAACGUCAAAGGGAUUCUCAAUCUUCUCCACCAUUAUAUGAGAAGCUGAGGCAAUCUCUUAUUAAUGAUGUGAAUAAAACUGGUGGAUCGUUUUUUAACUCUGAUGCUGACAAUGAUGACAACGAAAAUGAUGGCGGAAAUCCUGAUUUUGAUAUGCCAGGCGAUGCCUUCAUGGAUGAAGAUAUACCUCCUUGCACUAAAGAGCCUGAAAUUGAUGACGCUCAUGUCAAUGCUGAUGAAGCUAUAGAUCCUCAAUAUCUUAAUUCUCAGGAAAGUUUGGAAGAUCUUUGCCGCUCUCACCUGAAUGCUCUCCUAGCUAGCAUAGCUGAAACGGAGAAGCAAACUGAAAUGGCUGCUAGGGUUUCAACAUGGAAACAAAGAAUUGAGCACAACUUGGAAGAACAGGAAGCCCACCCACCAUUUGAUAUCCGAGACUAUGGUGAGAGAAUUCUGGACAAACUAUCCCUUGAAGCAAGCAGUAGCUGUGCCCUUUCAUUUUCUGAUUUGGUUCAGGGACAAGAAAAGUAUGACGUGGCCCGAAGUUUUUCUUCUCUUCUUCAACUGGUGAACAAUGGAGAAGUAGAUCUAGAAAGGAAUGGAAUUGAUGGGGGGUCUGUCUGCUACACAGCAGUAAAUCCUUUUCAUGUUAGGCUUCUUAAGCAUGACAAGAAACGGGAGGAUGCACAGCUUCAUUUGCCAAAAAAGAGAGGCAAGUCCCCAACAAAAAAAGGGUCCAUAAAAGGUGACAAGAACAAAACUGGAAGAGCAAAGUCUCCCUCCCCCAGUUCAUCUUCUAGGAAAUAUAGACAAACAGGGUUGUCACCACAGGCAAAUUGCAAGUUUUCUGUGAAGCUUGGAAAGGCGAGUGCCAUAAAGUUCUCCCCUGAAGCCAAGAGAAGGCGUAGAUCUCAGUAUGUCGAACCAGUUAACUUACAUUCAUCAGGGUGACACUGACCAUUAGCAGCUUAUUCCACUCAGUCCUGAAUGAUUCAACUCGACAUUUGCUAGAUGUCUUAGACUAAGUUGUGAAGUCAUUACAGUCCUAGGUCUCACUAAAUACUAACAUCUAUCAGUUUCCACCUGUAUCAUCAUUGCUGAUGACAUUAAGAUAUUGAUGUAAUAUCAUCUUGUAAC